AUGAACGUCAACCAGACAGCAGACUGCUGCUACGUAGCUACAGCUACAGCUGGACAAGAGAGACAUGCUCAUGUCCUUCGGCAGCAUCAAGGUCGCUCCUUGCCCAUGCAUAUCUCAUCAUCUCGAUCUAUGCAGCAGUGUGAGUGUUCAAAUGCAGCCCCCACGAGUCAGAGUGUGUCAUGCAGUCACGCUGAUUCAAGCAGUCGAGUCCGGAGUCUGA